GGCGGGGCGGAGCGGGGCGCAUGCGCAGUGUGGCAGCGCUGGGCUCCGGCGGCGGUAGCGGGAGCAGUAAUGGCGGACCUGGGGAAGAAGUACUGUGUGAACUGCCUGUCGGACGUCAGUAACCUGCGGAUCCGCUGCACGGACUGCCCGGAUAUCGAGCUGUGCCCGGAGUGCUUCUCCGCGGGCGCGGAGAUCGGGAACCACCGGCGAUGGCACGGGUACCAGCAGGUGGACGGGGGCCGGUUCGCGCUGUGGGGAGCCGAGGCGGAGGGCGGCUGGACGGGCAGAGAGGAGCAGAGCCUGCUGGACGCCAUCGAGCAGUACGGCUUCGGAAACUGGGAGGACAUGGCGGCCCACGUCGGAGCCUCUCGGACCCCUCAGGAAGUGAUGGACCACUACGUCAGCAUGUACAUCCACGGCAACUUGGGCAAAGCGUGCAUCCCCGACAACAUUCCCAACCGCGUAACGGACCACACCUGCCCUGGCGGGGGUCCACUGUCCCCCAGCUUGACCACGCCUUUACCCCCGAUGGACAUUUCAGUGGCCGAGCAGCAGCAGCUGGGCUACAUGCCUCUGCGAGACGACUACGAGAUUGAGUUUGACCACGAGGCGGAGAAGCUCAUCAGCGGACUUUCGGUCAACUACGACGACGAGGACGUCGAGAUCGAAAUGAAACGCGCCCAUGUGGACAUGUACGUACGGAAGCUGCGGGAACGGCAGAGACGCAAGAACAUCGCCCGAGACUACAACCUCGUUCCCGCCUUUUUGGGUAAAGACAAGAAGGAGAAGGAGCGGGAAAGGCCGGGGGGCACCGGAGGAGUCGGUUCGGGAGGGACUGGGGGAACUGGGCUGACUGGUGGAAGCACCACGACAAAUGCCCAGGCGGUGACGGGAACCACCGCGUCAGUGACGACGGCUGCAGUGGCGGCGGCGUCUUCAGCGCCCAAACGCAAGAUUAUAAAGGAGGAGCGCGAGCAGCGGGCGAAGCUGCGGCCGCUCUGCCAGUUCAUGGCUCAUCGGGAGUUUGAGGACUUCUUCGAUAACAUGCACAAGGAGCGAGUUUUGCGGGCCAAAGUGCGGGAACUGCAAAGGUACCGCCGCAACGGCAUCACCCGGCUGGACGAGUCGGUGGAGUACGAGGCGGCGAGGCACAAGCGAGAGAAACGGAAAGAGAACAAGAGCUCCAAGAGGGGCAGCGGAGGCGGUGGAGGUUUGGGAGGCUCCUCUGGCAUCGGAGGAGGCGGCACCGGUGCUGCUGGCGGUGGUACCGGUGGUGGAGGUGCAGGAGCUAUAAAAGAGGAAGGAAAGGACGGCGAAUUUGCAGCUAUUGAACACUUAACCGGCUUUGAGCUGCUUUCCGAUCGCGAGAAGGUUCUUUGCAACUCUCUCAAUUUGAGUCCCACGCGCUACUUGACUGUCAAGACCAUCAUCAUCAAGGACCACCUGCAGAAGAGGCAGGGUGUCCCUGCCAAGAGUCGACUGCCGGGCUACCUGGACAAAGUGCUAAAGAGGCGAAUCCUUAACUUCCUCACAGAGAGCGGCUGGAUAUCUCGGGACGCUGCCUAGCACUGACUAGAAAAGAAACAAAAUUAAAAAACUUAUUUUUCUCAUUUUCUACUGGUUCGUUUUGAAUUUUGAGGCAUCUUGUGGAUGCUUCAGACAUUGGUCGGUGACGUCAACUGCUGGUUCAACCUCAGCUUCCCUGUGGAGAGGGCUGGAGGUGGUGGGAUGCUGCCAAAUGCUGCCUAAUUCUGGCUAACACUGGCUAAUGCUAACAGAAGCCUUUGAUGCCCUCAAGUCUUCUUCUUUUCUCUUCUCGUUUUCUACUGUUUUCUAAGGCAUCUCACUUUAGGAGUUAGGAACUCUAAAGGAGGUACAACCUUGGGUGACCUUCCCAUCACCCUGAUUCUGGUCAUAGGAGCGCGAGCGUGGCAGAAUAAAGAGAGAGAGUUUAAUUAUAUAAUAAAGCGAGAGUACCGCUUACGAGUUUUUGAUAUCAGCAUAUCAGGUUUCAGAGGAAUACGCCUUUAUAUAUUUUUGCUAUCUGAAAGUCUUGUUAAUGUUUUGUUUAAAAGAGAGAGAGAGUGAGUUAGUGUUUAUCUGCUGCAGUAAAGGCACGCUACAGGUUGAGGUGGUAUUGCUGCAGUGUUAGUAGGGUUGCCCUGUCUAAUUAGCUUUACUUUUAGCCCUGUUUACACCUGGUCACUUGGUACAUACGACUAGUGUCUGGAUUGUGAUUCUGAUUUAGAUUUUAACAAGUAUUUAAAGUGGUGAAUUACACUUGUAGGUCAAAUGUGAUUUCAAUUAGUCUGGUUAAAAUCUGAUUGCUGUGUGAGGUGGUAUAUGCAAAUCUGUUGUACUGGGAGGCGUUUCUUUCGUUUGUUCGGUUUUGGUUGUAGUCAGACCGCGUUCACACCUAGCAUUUAGCAUGGGUCCUGGGUGAUCCAAUCACAAAUAAGUAUGAUGAUACCAGGUAUCAAUGGGACUUUAGUCAAGUAAUCGGAUUUGUAUCUGGUUUAAAUGUGUUUUGUUUGCAUUUACACUUGCUUUUAAUGUGGUUUGGCUAUAUCCAGAUAUAAUCCUGAAACUCAGUGUGCAUUUAGUGACCAGGUGUAAACAGGAUUUUAUACAGAGUAGAGGAUGCUCUGUUUUUUGAGAUUAGAACGUUUUCCACUGUGUUUUUCCUCAAAAAUGAGAGAUUGGAUGUAGUUGGAAGAACCUGCAAGACUUUCUUGUUGUGACCAUCAGCCUCUUACUGAUUAAAAAAUUGGCAUUAUUGGAAUUAUUUGGAUGAAAAUGGCUGAAUUAUUCAUACUGAACAAACGCGGAUUUUAUUUUAAGCUUAUUGUGCUUAAAUAGGAAAAUACACUUUGGCUAGUUACUUAAUUUCAUUGGUGAAAAAAGCAGCAAAAUGAUUUAAAACCAAAAAAACCUUGGUUGGUAUUGGAUAAUUGGCCUUAGUCUAACUUUUUCAUUUUAUUUGGUUUAGUUUCAGCCAAAAAUGUAUAAUUUUGGUGCAUUCAAGCUGAACAAGAACUCUUACCCCUAAGAUAACAUCAUUAAUCCCAGCAGGUAGUUUUUUUUUU